UAUUUUCGCCCAAGUCCCGUCAUCAUUCAGGCGUCCUUCUCAUCCUGCAUCUUGUUUUACGUUUCUGAUUGUUUGUGCAUCAUCUUCAUGAAAUACUGUAUUCACGGCCUGGUAGCUAGCUUCACAUAUUACUUCCUCUUACCGGUCGUAGAGCAUUAGGUUAGGACUUGGCUCUUAUUCAAAAUCAGCCUAUUUUGCAUUGAAUAAUAAGUGUUGAAACUCACACGUAUUGAACGUUAGUCAAAAGUAACAGUUAGUUCAAAGACCGCUGAUCUUAUUGAAAGCAGUUCAAUGGCGUCACAGGCUGGGAAGUGGGAGACCGUGGGUGGUGGCAAGCGCAGCAAAGCCACGAAUCAUGAAUCAGACAAGAAGAAGGGCGAGCAACCUAUGGCCACAAUGGACGUGAAAGACCCGCUGGCACCAAGUCAGACCUUGUUUAAUGGCUUCCAUCAGAAAUCGCAGCAAGGUCAAAAGGCGAAAAAGGACGAUGCCUCCAACAUCAGUCCACACCAGGGCAAGAAGGCUGCCAAGCCUGUGAAAAAGCCAUCCAAGCCGGACCCCAUUCACCCACGGGAUAUUGUGAACAAGAUGAGUGGGAGUGAUCUCAAGGACUUCAUAGCCACGAACAGCGCCAAGUAUGACGAUGAAUCGAUCUGCCUCAAGCUUCUUGCCGAGUACCUCCAAGACCAGUUUGCCAACUGUGAUCCGCUCGACUCUGAUCCCAGCUUGAAACAGCAAGAAGAAGGCUUUCCCUUCCAUUCGGCACCCAAAGAUGUGCAGCAGGCACUGCGUGGUUCCAUGCAACGACUGGGCACGAGUGGACGGCAGGACUACUUUGUCAUGUGUGUCAACCAGCUCUUGCAGCAGGCCAAGUCUGGCUCUCAAGUAUUUGGUUGGCGUUUGCUGGUGCAGGCAAUCUGUGUUGUUCAGCCUGCUGUGCCCGCUGCCUGUGUUGAUACGCUUUCACCGCUUGUGAGACCCUGUGCCAAUCAUCCACGCCAUUGCCUGCCGCUCAUGUGGUGUUUUGAGCAAAUUCCAGUGUAUGGUCCGAAAAUGGGAAAUUUUUCGAUCUGGCAGCAAGCAUAUCUGCGUGUAUUGCUUGAGCGCAACAACAUUGCGUCCAAGGUUCAAUCGCAUGCUUUGGAUCGGCUGAAUACACUGAUUAUGGCUGCGGAAAAGAAACCACAAGACAGCUCUCCAGUCCCACACCAGCUUGUGAUGGACUUACUUCAGCUUGCUAUUGGACAGUCGUCUGACCCUCCUCCAUUUGUGCUCGAGGAGGUGCAGAAGCAGUACACUACGGUGCUGAGAAUAUUCCUUUCGGAUCCGGACCCAACUGAGAUUGUGAGGCUAUUUGAGUGCUUGCUACCACUACUGCGGCCACACCUUAUACAAGUCAAUCGCUCAUUCAUGGAGGCGGUUUUCUCACUUCUGGUGACCUGCUUACACAUGAACACCUCCUGUUUCCGCUCAUGGCUUCAAAUCCAUCGCAAGAAUAUUCAACAGAGCAGUUACUUCUUGAAGCGAUUGAAUGCAGGCUACACGGAGGGCCUUCAAGUUCUCUCAGAUAUGCCUCUGGACCUCGACUCAAUGAUAGACUUUCUGCCACGGCUUGACACGAUACCAUCGAGUGGCCACGGAUCUGUGUCACAGCAAAUGCGGCAAGAAAGCUCGCGAAACUCCAAGGCUCUACUGAAAACCGUAUCGACUCUUCAGGCUGAGCUUGCAGCACAGAGUGCAUCGCAGGGCCGCUGGUGGAUUAUCUCCGUUCUCUUCUGGUCGCUGGCAACUGUCUUGCUGGCAGUUGUUGCCGCUGACGUGUAUGAAUCAAGAUCUUGGGCAGCAUCGACAACGCGUCUAUAUUUGGAACAGUGGGGUGUGCUGGACGUUUGCAAGAGGAUUUCAUCAGAAGUUUGGAAUGCUGGUGUAGAAGCUCUGAGAUGGCUGGACAGAACUGCUCUUCCUGUGUUGGCGCGCUGGUCACGGGAUGCUGAGCCCUAUUUUAUGCAAGCUGUUGAAUUCUAUGAAGAGGCCAUUGCACAACUUGGACAGCUGGUGAUACAGGCAGCAGUGUGGAUUGAAAACCAGUAUGCUACCCUGGUUGAUCAGGGCCACUAACAUUACCAGCAUAUUCCUUACUAAUUUGUUUUAGUCUUUUACAGUGCUGCUACUCAGGUUGUAAGUGCACCGGUAAAUACCCCCUUCCCCUACAUACACACCCACACACGCACACGCAUACUGUUCAUGUCACAUUAACUACUUUAACCCCCAUAGUUCCUUUUUCUUUUACAGAGGCUUCUCCUGCCUGCAUGGCUCUUUGAUCAGUCUUACUGAAUAUGCCGGAUGCUACAUGCUAGUAAUGGCUAAUGCUAUGUUCUCAAUUCAAGACCCUUGAAGAAAUUGAAAUUGCCUAUGACCAUGCAAACAAGCACCAUGCUGAACAAUAUUUUUCGAAAAAAAAACUAUUAAGAACAUCGAUGAAGAAAUC